AUGAUAAAAUUUUUAGGCAGUCGUAUGUCACAACUGAAACCUAUCAAAAUGAAUGAAGAUAUUCCCAUACAACUUAAUAUUGGUGGAACAUAUUUUUAUGUUUCUAGAGAAACAAUAAAUCGAAUUCCAUUAAUUGCUGAAAAAUAUUAUCAAAAAAAGGCAACUGAAAAUACUUAUCGUCGUUUUUCUACUGUUGGUUUGAGACAUAAAAUAACGGAAACAAUAAAUUCAUUUAAAAAUUCAAGUAUUGAAUAUCAAAAUGGUUCAAAUUCUUCUAAUAUAUCUGGUAAUUUUAUAUCGGAUUAUGGAAAUGAAAGACAACCAAAACAUUCAUUUUGUUGUACCAAUAUUUUUAUUGACCGUGAUUCAAAAUAUUUUCCAAUUAUUUUAGAAUUUGCUCGAAAUACUGAUGAGGCAUUUGAAACUAGAUUUCAUUUUGAUGAGGAUGAAGACUUAAUUGCUUUAGAAAAAGAAUGUAAAUUUUAUCAAAUGGAUGAUUUUCUUCAAAUUAUACAGAUGCUUAUGGAACCAUUAAAAAUAAAUAAUACAGUUACAUGGAAACAAUCAGCAAUAGAUAGUUAUUGGAGGACAUUUGUAAAUUGUGUUGUUGAUCCAUCAUUAACAUUACCUUUUUUAUUUGAAAAAAAUAGUCAUUUAUUAGCAAAAUGUAUAGCAUGUGAUACUGUACAAGAACCAAAAUUAAGUAGCAUAAUAAAUGUUAAUUCAGAAGGUUGGUUGCCAUUAAUUCAUCAUAUGAGAAGUAUGAAAGGUAUUAUUAUACAAACAAUUGAUGAAACAUGCUGUGUUGUAGAAUGGCAAAAUGGUAUACAAACUCAUCUCCCAAAUUCAUGUUUAAAAAGACUUUUAGAUCCUGUUACAUUUUCUUCUGGUUCUACAACACCAGAAAAUUAA